AUGAAGUUUCUCAAUAUCUCUGUCGGGCUUAUCGCCUCCCUUAUGUCUCUCAGCACCGCAAAGUGCGAGAAAGCCUGGCCCAAAGGUCCGUUCGUGACCUCUGGACGCGACAUCCACAACUCAGACGGCGAGAUCGUGAGACAAGCCGGAACCAACUGGCCUGGCCACGGCGAGGUCAUGGUACCUGAGGGUCUGCAGUACCUUUCUGUGGAGCGCGUCUUGUCCGAAAUCAAGAGCCUUGGCAUGAACGCCAUCCGAUUGACCUUCGCCACGGAACUUGUUGACCAGAUCUAUGCCAACGGCGGUGAAGAUAUUGACAUCAAGACCGCUUUCCUCGAGGGUCUAGGCACUGAAAACGGAACAAUCGUCUUAGAGAAGGUCCUGAAGAAUAACCCCAGUUUCACUCCCGAGACGAAGCGACUUGAGGUUUACGAUGCCAUUGCCGCAGAGUGCUUGCGCCAGCACAUCUACAUCACCCUGGACAACCACAUUUCUUCUGGCGAGUGGUGCUGCGGCGGUGAGGAUGGUAACACCUGGUGGGGAGACACCAAGUUUGAUGUUGACAACUGGGUUCGCGGAGGCGCCUACAUGGCCGCCCAUUCUGCGAAAUGGCCUGCCCUCAUCUCUCAGUCUCUGCGCAACGAGCCCCGUCCUCCCAAGAACAACGAUGCUCUGCUUCAGUCGUCCUACAACUGGCGCGACUGGUACAAGUACAUGCGAGCUGGAGCCGACGCCGUCCACGCCGCCAACAAGGACGUCCCCAUCAUCCUUUCAGGUCUCGACUACGACACCUUUGUGACUCCCGUCUUCCGCGGCACCCCCCUCGAGCCUAGCGACCAGGUAUUCAGCCGUGAUGACUUCGUCGGCUACGGCGAGGACAAGUUGAUCCUUGAGAUCCACAACUACGAGACCAACACCAACAGCUGCGAAUCGCUGAGGUACAACCUCUACAACAAGGGCUUCCAGGCCAUGAACGCCUCCGACCCUGCGACUGUCAACGUCUUCCCCGUCCAGCUGACUGAGUAUGGCCACUCUAUGGAGGACGGUUCCUGGAAGACCAAGGUCUACCAGCCAUGCUUGGCCGAGUAUCUCCCCGAGGUCAAGGCCAAUUGGUUCAUUUGGGUGAUCGUGGGUCGCUACUACACGCGCCAGGGUGUUCAGGAAUUCGACGACUCCUGGGGACUUAUGAACCCUGACUGGUCUGGCUGGAGGAACCCUGAGUACGUUGAGCAGAUGCUCAUCCCGCAGGUCGCUGCGACUCUCGCCUGA